AUGGCUGGAGGGCCCGCCACUGCCUUCAUAGCUCCCAAUAGCGGGGCGCACCGUCUUGUGGCUCCGGCUGUUGAGCCAGCAUCUCCCUGUGUGUCAGCAAAUCCUCGUGGUCACAGCCAGGCUGUGACAGCAGCCGUUGCCGGCUCUGCGCUGGCCGUCCUGGCGCGCAGCGGCAGCAGGAAGAACCGGCGACAUGCACGUAAGGACGUGCGAGUCGUUGCAGCCCGCAGUGGCGUUCCUGAAGGCGUCUAUUGCGAGGCGAAGGAAAAGUGUGAGCGUCGCAAAACUCGUACUGUCUAUGUGGGCGAGGUGCCUGUCGGUUCGGAGCACCCCAUUGCAACUCAGACCAUGACAACGACAUUGACACAUGAUGUGGAGGCCACUGUCGCCCAGGUCAAGAAGUGCGCAGACAUGGGCAUCGACAUUGUGCGCUUGACUGUCCAGGGUAUGAGAGAAGCAAAAGCUUGCGAGCACAUCAAGAAGCGCCUGUUGGAAGAUGGAUACAAGACCCCUCUUGUUGCCGACAUCCAUUUCACACCCAAAGUCGCCUUGGUCUGUGCUGACUUCGUGGACAAGGUGCGCGUCAACCCUGGCAACUUUGCAGAUGGCCGCAAGUCAUUUGACACCAUUGACGAGCUGUCGGAGGAGGAUGUGCAGGAAGCCAAGGAUGCCAUUGAGGAGGCGCUGACUCCCUUGGUCCUGAAGUUAAAGGAGCAGAACAAGUCUAUGCGUAUCGGUGUGAACCAUGGAUCUUUGGCCGAGCGCAUCCUUUUUCAGUACGGGGAUUCGCCUGAAGGUAUGGUGGCAUCGGCGAUUGAGUUCGGAGAGAUAUGCCGAAAGCACGACUUCCACAAUUUCAUCUUCAGUAUGAAGUCUUCGAACCCACAAGUCAUGGUGAAUGCCUACAGGCAGUUGGCGCGCGAGAUGUACAAGCUCGGAUGGGACUAUCCCUUGCACCUCGGCGUCACCGAAGCUGGCGGCGGCUCCGAUGGCCGAAUCAAGUCGGCAGUUGGCAUCGGAGCUCUACUCUUGGACGGCCUGGGUGACACCAUUCGCGUGUCCUUGACAGAGGAUCCGGAGUUUGAGGCGAAACCCUGCGUUGCCCUGCGAGGCGUGGCAGAAGGUGCUCUUGGAAAGGGCGUGAAGCCGUUUGAAGAGCACAGCGAGCGGAGGAACGGCCAGUUCUCUCGGCGCAAGUGCGAGUUUCCGAUUGACGUGCCGCUCAACCAGGAUGGUUCUGUGCUCGCGCGAAUGUCAGUGAAAGAGCUUGCGGACCUCGACACCGCUGGUCUCUGCAAUCGGCUUGGCCUGCGGCUUCGUGCUGACGGCGAUGUGCAAAAGGACUGGAAGAGUGUGGAUGCUGUGGUCAUUGAUGGCAUGCUACCUCCGGGUGCGGGUGUGAAGCUCAAGACCCUUCUGGACGUACCGACAGGCGUCCUUUGCAAAGCUGGCCCGAAUGUUCCUGAGGGUGCAACCGUGCUCAUGACGUCCGAGGCAGUAGCUGAAGGCGACGAGCUGCCAGAGAGAUUGGGCGGCUAUGCAGUGACCUUCACAGGGGAGGAGUCGCAGGAUGAUAUGGACGCCGUGCUUCAGAAAGCAUCGCCGCGUUUCAUCUUGCUGAAGCCCACGACCCGUAACGGCAGGACUUUCAUUGCCAGAAGAUUCUUCGCACAGCUGAGCCAGCUGGAGUCAGGGAAAUCAGUUCCCGCCAUGCUGUGGUUUGACUAUGCCAAGGAAGACGGUAAAGAUCAGGACGAUGUGGUCGUGGAGGCCUCCGCCGACUUCGGCAGUCUCUUUGUAGAUGGAAUGGGCGAAGGCCUGCUUUGGGAUGCAGAGGAUCUCUCCUCCGAUGAACUUCGUGAGUCCUCCUUCAACCUUCUUCAGGCUUCGCGUAUGCGCAUCUCCAAGACAGAGUUCAUCAGCUGUCCAUCCUGUGGUCGAACUCUCUUCGAUCUGCAGGAGACCACAGCGAAGAUCCAAGCGAGAACCGGGCACCUUCCAGGUGUCCGCAUCGCCGUCAUGGGCUGUAUUGUCAAUGGGCCCGGAGAAAUGGCAGAUGCCGAUUUUGGUUACGUUGGCAGUGGAGUUGGAAAGGUCGACCUCUACGUCAACUACGACGUCGUGAAGAGGGGCAUUCCCUCGGCUGAAGCUGUUGACGCAUUAGUCGAUCUGAUCAAAGAGCAUGGCCGGUGGAGCGAUCCGGUGGAAGAAGAAGAUGUGGAAGCUGAGGUCGGAGCCGUUGCGGUACUCUGA